AUGCGCCCUUCCCAAAGCUGCGUUGCGCAGCAGCCAGCCAUUCAGGCCUUCACUCGGGCAACCAAGGCUGGCAUCACGCAACUGCCUGCGAAGAACACAGUCACCAAGACUGCAGUUGCCAAGUCACUACCCGUCUCGCCCUCCAAGAAGCGCAAGUUGCAGGAACUCGAAAAUUUCGACAACGGAAACAGCAAACCAGUCGAAAUCGAGGAGGAAGGCUCACCGUCAAAAACCCUGCGACUCAAUGAAUUGACCGUCAACUCACCACGCAGUGGGCACUACGCUUCACCCAAGAAUAUCCCCAGCCGACGAGGCCGUCCUAAGAAUGCACCCUCGACACCCUCGACCCCAUCCAAGCAGCGAACCUUGGACUUUGAGAAAAUCCCAGUCCUCGAAGAAACACCCGUGAUCGAAGAAACACCCGUGAUCGAACGGCCCGCAUGUUUUAACGAUAUCCUUAACCUGCACUCUUCCUUCGUGCAAGCGUUCUCCAUCCACAUGGCACACAAUGGCACAAAUACACCACCGGAUCUCCGAGAAUUCCUCGGCAGCGUCACUCGCCUCUGGAACAAACGCAAAGUGCAAACGAAGGAUCUGCAGCGCAUCCUGUGGGUCUGGGAGCAAAGCACAAUGGUCUCCAGUAUCUCGUACCGCAUGGCAAAUUACGGUCUCGGCAAAAUCUGCAUCGAACGCACAGUCAACAUCAACGUCCAACCACCCCUCCUGCAAGACUCUUUCGAGGAGGCCCUAGAACUACUCUGGGCCAAGGCCCCGGAAUCUCUCCGCAACUCAAGUGAAGAGGAUCAGUCAAGGCUUUUCAAUGAGUCCUUUGGUCUCGCCACCAUUCACGAGUCGCUUGCCCCGCUGACAACCUUCCGGAAAGGUCAGCAGCGUCUGCAGGAUUUGAAGGGUGGAUUAGUGCGUUUGAACGCAGAAAGACAACAGUCCGAGAAGGCUGAGACGACCCCUCUCCAGCGAAAGGCGACAGUCAGUCGUGGUCAGGGCCUUCUCGAGCGCAUUAAGAGCAAGCAGCUUCGCCAGUCUAAGCUUCCUCCCCCGCCUUCCAAGAUCGAGCUCGUGCGUCUCUCGGCUGCUGAUCGAGUCGAGGAGGUUGCUGGCAUCUUGGCUAUGUUGCGUCCGGCUGGUACAGUUGGCCAUGGGAUUCGGGCAAUGCUCGCUGCCCAGCGCAAACCUUUCAAGCUUGACGUGAUGAUUGAGCACGUGCGUGACUCCAUUCGCAGUGAGAUUGCCCCAGAUGAAGUCGAGAAGUGUCUUGAGAUCCUGUCUGAUUCUAAGGUUGCUGGUAACUGGGUUAGCAUCGUUACUAUCGGGUCGAUGAAGUCGGUGGUGCUGAAGUCUUGCCGCGAUGUCUGUGUCAAAGACAUUAGCGCGAAGGUUGCCCAGCUCAAGACUGACUGGAGCAACUCUCCUUCUGUCUAG